AAUUUUAUUUUGUUUCCUUCAGCUGAACCUCUCGUGCAGGUGGAUGGGAAACCCAGCUGUUGUUUCUUCAAGUUCAGUCCAAAACUGAUGUUUACCAAAGUCCUGAAAGCCCAGCUGUGGGUUUAUCUGCGGCCACUACAGCAAACUUCCACUGUUUACCUGCAGAUCCUUCGCCUUAAACCUAUCACUGAGCAAGGAAGCAGACACAUCCGCAUCCGGUCACUCAAGAUCGAGCUCAAUUCUCAAGUUGGUCAUUGGCAGAGCAUUGAUUUCAAACAUGUGUUGCAGAACUGGUUCAAGCAGCCACAUACAAACUGGGGCAUUGAUAUAAACGCCUAUGAUGAGAGUGGCAAUGACCUGGCUGUGACGUCUCUGCGGCCUGGAGAGGAGGGACUGCCAUUCCUGGAGGUCAAGGUUCUUGAAACAACCAAGCGAUCACGGAGGAAUCUGGGUCUUGACUGUGAUGAGCACUCCACAGAAUCCCGCUGUUGUCGCUACCCACUCACAGUGGACUUUGAAGCUUUUGGCUGGGACUGGAUCAUUGCUCCUAAACGUUACAAGGCAAACUACUGCUCAGGCCAGUGUGAGUACAUGUUCAUGCAGAAGUACCCACAUACUCAUCUGGUGCAGCAUGCCAAUCCCAGAGGCUCAGCAGGGCCAUGCUGCACACCCACGAAGAUGUCUCCGAUAAACAUGCUCUACUUCAAUGAUAAACAGCAGAUAAUCCAUGGCAAAAUCCCAGGAAUGGUGGUGGACCGUUGUGGCUGUUCAUAGAAUUGAGGAUUUUUGGUUGAGCUAAGGGGAAGUGAUUGAGGGAGGGUGUCAGGGAUGCAGUCUAAAAUCUGCUAGUCUCUACAAUUUCCUUAUAUUUUCCUUACAUUCUUUGGAAAGAAUACUACAUAAUGUACAGAGAACAAAAACAUGUUUGUAGUUUCUUUCGCAAGUCCAGCAGAACAGUCCAGGAUAAAUCCUAAUAUGAUUUUUUACUUUAUUAUUUGAAUCUUGAACAAUUUUGUACACACAAGACUUGGCUGCUUAGUUUUUAUUUUUUUAAUGCAUUGCGCUGAGUAGCUCUGGCCACAUUCAAAGAGAUUCAUAGGUCCAAAAUUCCGCUCUGCAGCAAAUAUAUUCUCAUUGCCUGUGAUUUUGCUACUUUGUGCAGUAUUCCACAUUCAGAGAGAAUAGAAAAAAAUUCUUGGUGCAUUGAAGAAAUGACAGGAGACACAUGCACCCCACCCCCUUCACUAAUGCUGCUACCACUAUGGUGCGACAUUCUCAAUAAUCUAAGCACCCUUUCAUGACUUUGAUCCUCUUUUUACCCUUGAUCUUGUAAAAAGCAAAGGGAAAAGGGAAGAAAAAGGAAGACAUUUUUAUUUUUAAUACUUUUAAGGAGAAAAGGAACAUGUCUAAUAGUGCUUUUAGCACUAUUAAUGUAUUUCAGCAACUGCGAUGGACAAAAUCAUCUUAAGAAAAAAAUAACAAAAAUAACUUAUUUAAAAAGAUAAUGUCACACAUAUCUAGAGUGUCACACACAACAAUUUAAUGGUAAUUUGUGUAAAGAUAAUGUUUCCCAUGAACUAAGUUUGGUUUCAGUGAUUUGGAUUCAGUGAUUUAUUGGUAUCAAAAAAUCAGUGUUAAAGUAAAACAAAAUAAUACAUGUCCAUGUCCAUGUCCAUGGCUAUAUUCACUUGUACUGAAUACAGUUAAAUAUGGGUCCCUAUGCUGACACAGGUAUUUACAUCAACAUAAAAGAACAGAUGUCACUGUAAAUCACAACUAUAAUACUCUAUCCUGUGUAGAUAAGACACUUUUUGAAUGAGUGUCUGCAAUAUAGAGACAUUUAGAGAAAAAUCAUUUCAUUUAACUUUUUCUGUAUUUAAUCA